GCACAUCGUGUGCUACGGUAGCUAGUGACAUUUAGUGAGUUUUACCAGUGCUUACAAUUAGUACGGCACUAUUUUCCAAUCCCAUUUACUACUCCAUUUGAAAUGGCUGUGCCGUUGAAAGUAAGCAUUAUUGGAUCAGGAAACUGGGGGUCUGCCAUAGCCAGAAUUAUUGGUAAUAAUGUGAAAAAUGUGGAGAAAUUUGCAUCAACAGUGAAGAUGUGGGUGUUCGAAGAAUUAGUCAAUGGGAAGAAGCUAACAGAAAUAAUCAAUACUGAACAUACAAAUGUGAAAUACCUCCCUGGUUACAAAAUUCCAGAAAAUGUGGUGGCAGUUCCAGACAUCAAAGAAGUAGUGGCAGAAGCAGACUUGUUAGUUUUUGUUGUUCCACACCAGUUCAUACGUAAACUUUGUGAUGAAAUGGUUGGUCGGGUAUCUCAGAAAGCCCUUGGUAUUUCCCUUAUUAAGGGAAUUGAUGAAGGCCCAGAAGGACUCAGACUAAUUUCUGACAUAAUUCGAGAAAAAGUAGGAAUUGAUGUUAGUGUGCUGAUGGGGGCCAACAUUGCCAAUGAAGUAGCAGCGGCAAAUUUCUGUGAGACCACUAUAGGAAGCAAAGUCUUGGAUCAUGGACUUCUUUUUAAAGAACUCCUGCAAACCCAGAAUUUCCGCAUAACAGUGGUGGAGGAUGCUGACACCGUAGAACUAUGUGGCGCACUCAAGAACAUUGUUGCUGUGGGAGCAGGGUUCUGUGAUGGCAUGUCCUGUGGAGACAACACUAAAGCUGCUGUUAUUCGACUUGGUCUGAUGGAGAUGAUUGCUUUUGCCAAAAUCUUUUGUAAAAGUCGAGUGUCUGCUUCUACUUUCCUGGAGAGCUGUGGUGUGGCAGAUCUUAUCACAACCUGCUAUGGUGGGCGGAAUCGUAAAGUAUCUGAAGCUUUUGUAAGGACAGGAAAGAGCAUUGAAGAACUGGAGAAGGAAAUGCUGAAUGGACAGAAACUCCAAGGACCACAGACAUCAGCAGAGGUGUACCACAUCUUGAAGCAGAAAGGGAUGGUAGAAAAGUUUCCUUUAUUUACCGCUGUCUAUCAGAUCUGCUAUGAAGGAAGACCAGUCAAAGAGAUGUUAUCCUGCCUUCAGAGUCAUCCAGAACACAUGUAAAAACAUUAGUAAGGAAAAAUCCCGGAGAAGCAGGCCAUUGCCCUGCUUUCUACAUCUGCAGAGUGAAGUCUUGAAUUUCAUCAGGCACUGCUAACUAAAUAAACUCUGGUUUCUUGGUAACUAUA